CAAAAUGAUGAAUGAGGAUAAUUUUUUUUUGAAAGAAAUGUGAGAGGAUUCAAUAGACUGAUUUUCUUACAUUAGGCCAUGACCACCUAUCCUUAUUUUAACUACCACACCCUUCGGUCCCAAGCUACAAAAAAUCCACCCCUUUUAUUCCCAUUCUAAUUCUAGCUAGUUCUAUUAAAAACUCCCACCUUGAACCUAAAUUUAAUUUUCCAUAUAAACAGACAAAUCAGAUAUAUCAAGCAACAAAUGAAAAACAUGGCAUGCCAACAACGUCAAAUUAUAGAGCAACAAAGGAAUGAGGCAGAGAUAUUCAAGGGGGAAGCAAUAUGCAAGCAAAAAUCACGGCUUCUCCUAGACGAAAUGUUGCUUCCAAGAGGAUUGCUUCCUUUGGACAACAUUGUGGAAAUGGGUAUCAACCGUGUCACAGGUUUCGUGUGGCUCAGGCAAAGACAAAAAAAGGUGCACCGGUUCAAUGCCAUCGGUCGCACGGUUUCCUUUGAUACAGAGGUCACGGCCUUCGUGGAGGAACAUGUUAUGCGAAGGAUCACCGGUGUUAAGACCAAAGAGUUGUUUGUAUGGCUCCCGGUAUCGACAAUCUUCAUCGAUGAUCCUUCUUCCAAUAAGAUCUUGUUUGCCAAUUCCUCUGGGAUUGCUAGGUCGUUUCCUCUCUCAGCCUUCAAUCUCCAAGAAGAUCAAACACCGCAACAACAUCUACGUCCACAGUCAACAACAAACUUUUUUUGAUUUUUUUUUUCUUCCUUAUACUUUAUUAGGAUGGAAAGAAUGAGUUGCAUGUUUAUACACUCACAAAUUUGUAAUUUAAUCUAGUGUUUGUAAUAUUUUUUAAUUAGUUUAGGUAUUUAAUUAAAAUAGUUAUAUUACUUUUUUUUUACAAUUACAUUUUUUUGUU